UCCACAGAGAAAACUGAAGUUUGAAGGAGCAGGAUGGUGGUGUGCUUUUAAAACAGAGGCUUGACUUCAGGGCUGGUGAGAAGCAAGGCAGCUGCCAUGUGGAAAAAGAGAAGCUCUCUGUGAUCCUGCAGAAAGCUGGGCUGCGGUGCAAGGAUGUCUACAGUGCCAGGGAAUCUGCUGUGCACACGAGACAUGUUCAAGUGCCCUGGGGAGCAGCAGCCAGCACUGAAAACGAAUGGGGAUUGAAUUGCUUUGCCUCUGUUUCCUAUUUCUGCAAAGAAAUAACUAUGUGCAAGGGACCUGUUCUCAGGAAAGCACAGUGACUUGUGAAGAUUGUUUGCUUUCCGGACCACACUGCGCUUGGUGUUUGCAAGAGAAUUACACAGACUCAUCUGGAAUUCAUGGGAGGUGUGAUACCCUGGAAAAUCUUUUGUCCAAAGGAUGCCAGCUGAAUUUCAUUGAGUUUCCCAUUUCAGAAGUAGAAAUUCACAGAAAUGAUCCCCUAACUGCAUCAUCCCACAAGAACAGUUCUGAUGUCACACAGAUUUCUCCUCAGAAAUUAACUCUGAGGCUGCGACCAGGACAUGAAGAAACAAUACAGAUCAAGGUUCGCCAGACUGAAGAUUAUCCAAUUGAUCUCUACUACCUCAUGGAUCUUUCAGCUUCCAUGGAUGAUGAUCUGAAUACAAUCAAAGAACUGGGUUCAACUCUUUCCAAAGAGAUGUCAAAACUGACAAGCAACUUUAGACUGGGGUUUGGAUCUUUUGUUGAAAAACCAGUUUCACCAUUUAUCAAAACUACGGCUGCAGAAAUAAACAACCCUUGCAGAAGUGUACCAUAUGAGUGCUUACCUACAUUUGGAUAUAAAAAUGUUUUGCCACUAACAAGUGAUGCUGAAAAAUUCAAUGAAAUUGUGAAAGGACAGCGAAUUUCUGCUAAUAUAGACACUCCAGAGGGAGGAUUUGAUGCAAUUAUGCAGGCAGCUGUUUGCAAGGAAAAAAUUGGCUGGAGGAAUGAUUCUCUACAUUUGCUGGUGUUUGUGAGUGACGCUGAUUCCCAUUUUGGGAUGGACAGUAAACUGGCAGGGAUUGUUAUUCCUAAUGAUGGGAACUGCCAUUUGGACCACAAUAAUGAAUAUUCCAUGUCAACUGUUCAGGAGUAUCCUACAAUUGGACAAUUAAUUGACAAACUCGUGCAAAACAAUGUUCUAUUAAUUUUUGCUGUAACAAAUGAGCAAGUUCACAUAUAUGAGAAUUAUGCAAAGCUUAUUCCUGGUGCUACCGUUGGACGACUACAGAAGGAUUCUGGAAACAUUCUCCAGCUGAUCAUUGAUGCAUAUCAGGAGCUGAGGUCUGAGGUUGAAUUGGAGAUCCUGGGAGAGACGGAAGGGCUCAAUCUCUCCUUCACGGCCAUCUGUAACAAUGGGACCUUUUUUCCACACCAGAGGAAAUGCUCUCAUGUGAAAGUGGGAGAUACAGUCUCUUUCAAUGUGACUGUUAGUCUCUCUUCUUGUGAAAAAACCAGAAGGCUUAUCAAGAUAAAACCCGUGGGGCUCAGCGACGUGCUGGAGAUGGAAAUUCUCCCCCUCUGCAGCUGCGACUGCCAGGCCAAGGCCGAGAAGAAGAGCCCCAAGUGCAGCCAAGGGAAAGGCUCCCUGGAGUGCGGGGUGUGCGUGUGCAGCCCCGGCUACGUGGGGCCGCGCUGCGAGUGCCACGAGAGCUCCCUCGGUGCCAGCUCCUGCAGGGGCCCGGCCGAGCAGAGCUCCUGCAGCGGCAGAGGCGACUGCUACUGCGGGCAGUGCCUGUGCCACCCGUCCCCCUACGGAAAGGUCUACGGGCCCCGCUGCGAGUGCAAUGACUUCUCCUGCGUCAGGCACCGCGGCCUGCAGUGCGCAGGCAAUGGUGACUGUGACUGUGGGGAAUGCAGGUGCCACAGCGGAUGGACUGGUGAAUACUGUAAUUGCACAACUGAUACCAGCAGCUGCAUUGCUGAGGAUGGGACGCUGUGCAGUGGGAGAGGUGAAUGCAUCUGUGGGACGUGUGCUUGCACCCAUCCGGGGGCUUCGGGCCAAACGUGUGAAAAAUGCCCUCUCUGCGGUGACCCCUGCAGUUCCAGAUGGAGCUGUGUGGAAUGUCACUUGGCUUCUGAUGACAAGUCACUGGGAGAUUGCAGUGAAAAAUGCAAAUUGGUUGAUGCAACUGUCAGCAUGGCAAAGGAUUAUUCAGAGGAUAAAUCCAUUUCCUGCUCUUUGCAGGGGGAAAAUGAAUGUAUAACCACAUUUCUACUGGCUGUGGAUGAACAGGGAAGGACAGUCAUUCACAACAUAGAGCGGAAAGAUUGUGCACAGCACCCAAAUAUCCCAAUGAUAGUGGUGGGUGUCACCCUUGCUAUCCUUCUCAUUGGCAUUGUUUUACUUUGUAUAUGGAAAUUACUGGUGUCACUUCAAGACCGAAAAGAGGUGGCCAAGUUUGAAGCAGAAAAAUCAAAAGUUAAAUGGCAAACGGAAACAAAUCCACUGUACAGAGGCUCAACAACCACUUUUAAAAAUGUGACUUACAAGAACCAAGAUAUGCAUAAAAGACCCAUGGCUGCAGACUUCUAUUAGCACCUGCAACACUACAAACUUAGUUUCACUGGCACGAAAUCUAAAUCUAAACUUGUUUCUUCUCAGCUGAUUAUGUGAUAUUUGUUUACAAGUUGCAGUGGUAUAACUGUUCUGUUAGAGAAUAUAUGUCUUGUGUUGGGACAAAUAAAGAUAACAUAUUAGUAGUAAGGGUUAGUAGAAAUAUUUUUUAAAUGAUCCUUUAUUGUUAUAGCCCCCAUCUUUUUAAAAAUGGCAUCAAAAAUAAUUUUAAUGUUGUCAUUAAUACUGAGGAUUCUAAAUUAAUAUGUAAGCUUAUUCUUUGUUAAAUUAGAUAUAUACAGUGAACUUUAUACUAUUUUGUCCAUACACACAAUCCCAUAAAUUAGUGUUUAGGAAUGUAUUUGUACCAGUCUAUUUAUUGGGCUGGUUUAAAUGUAGAAAAUAUUUUGGCUUUUUUCAUGAAUGAAGUUUAAACUACUGUGGAUUGAGCUUUCCCAUAUCACCUGUGUGACUGAAUAAUUUCUCACCCAAAAAAAAGUAGUGAUAUUGCCUGUCUUCUGUAAAUGUAAGUUAUACAGAAACAUUUCUUCUCUAAUUCUUCUUUCUUAUCCUGUUUCUCUGUUUCUUUUCCUUGUUGUUCUUUGAUGUUCUUUAAGGACCUAGGCCCUGGGAUUAUCUCAGGGAAAGUUAAAUCAAGCCAAUCAAGCCUUAUUCACCUGCAGUUGUUUUCUGCUCUAGACACAGACUGCUUUUUUUCUUCUUUUAAAUUCUAGUAAAAAGGAUACAGAGAAAAAGAUAAAUAUUUGUAAAUCAGAGACCCCAGUAGACACACGUUUAAACCAGAGGAUUAGCAGAACUCCAUUUCACCAUUUACAUCCUGCAAAUGAUUUGGGUGCUCAUAAUACACCUCACAUGCUGGGCCAUCACACGAAGCGGCUCAGGAGCCCUUUUCAUGCAGAAAUGUUCACACAAAAGGUUUAUUACCGCACACAAAGACAGUACUUUUUUGUUGAUAUGUCCAUAGUUGUGAGGUUCUUUCAAUGCCCAGCAGCCAAACUGCUUAUUCUUGUGCAUAAUAACAUAUUCAGUUCUUUUGGGCUACAUUGUUUGGAUUUGGGUUGGUUUUUUCUCCCUCAAACUAAACAACAAAAAGAUCUAUGGAUUUCACUUAAUAUUCAUUUCCAUUAUGUUAAUGAGGAAUUUUAAAUCUCCAUUUUAGCUAAUUACAAAUGUAUUGCAAUUUUUAGUUGUAAUAUCUUAGCAUGCACAGCACUGGAUAAAGAAAGUAUAAAAGCACCUAACAUGCUGCCGUAGAAAAAUUACAACAUUGGACUACUUUCAGGUAACAAUAAUGAACUUUAUUUUUUAAUAUAAGUUUUAGGUUGCAUUUUUUACUACUCUGAAACAGAUGGUCAAAAUGUACAUAUGAAGGUACUUAGAAAUGAAGACUUAAAAAUCAAAGGUACUUUGGCACUGUUACAAAUGAUCACAUACAUUCCCUAAGGUAAAUAGGGAGUUUGAUCUGAAAAAGUAUUGGUCUGAAUGUAUUUGAUCUGAAAAAGUUGAUGUCCAUUUAGUAAUAAAUAUUUACCAAGUCUGUGCAACUUCAGUCUCCAUAUGCUCCACAGUUUCUGGAACUGAGACUGGUACGUUAGCUAGCUCUGACCCAUGCCUGUUUUAGGGCCUGAUCCAAAGCCUACUGGAGUCAAUGGCUACAGAUGUGGAUCUAGUUUCAGUGAAACUAUUAGUUUUGGUUUACAAAGAUUGUUUUGUUUAAACAAACUGGUUAAUACUGUCUGUUAGUGAAUUAGAACCUAUAUACAUCUGUCUGUGCAAAAAGAAAUAGUAUCAGAUGCCUUUGGAAGGAAGGUGAUGCUAGAACCACCAAAAUUACAGCAGUGCAAUGGAAAUAAUGGCUGUGAUUAAACUGGAACAGAUUCACACCUGUGUUCUGGUAUUCCUGCAUAUCUCAUAGUGGAAACUGCACAGAUAAAGGCUCACAUCUGUGGACCUUCCAACCACUGGACUCCCACAGAUGUCAGUUCAAGUUACAUGUGGGACUAAAUCCUGUUUCCCUGGCACAUGGAUAAACUCAUGGCAUGCAAAGCUGGCCCCUGAAUCUGCUCAGAUUUCACUUGGGUGAGGGUUGCCUAAGGGUCAAGGGAAAUCCGGAUUUCACCCAUGUAGGUUAUCUGUUACUCUUUUAUUUCUCAUGUAGAAGUAAUCAAAUUAUAAACUUUCUCUGAAAGAAAUUAAAAUAUUUUUAUUACUUUUCAAGUAAUAAAAAUCUAUACUGUUUAUUAAAUGCCUUUUAAGUUCUGUUUCUGAGAUCUGAUUUUGCUGCUCACGAUUAGGGCUGAAAGACUUUCUCCUGUAGGCUGCCCGUUUCAAUAUUCCAACAUAUCUCAGCCUUCAAAAAUUAAUAACAAAGUGGUGUUUGCAUUUCAUAUCAAAUGCUUGGUGCUCUACAUUCCCUGUUCCUACAGGAGAUCUCAUUUCACAAACCUUCUCACCCUCUUCUCAUCACUUGUGUCUUCUGAUCAUCAGCAGAGAUCCAAUUUGUUAUGUUUACAGUCCAAUUGCUCCUCCUAACAAUCCCUCUCUAAAUUAUCAAAGAUGUACAGGAGCCAGGCAGGAUGAUUUGCAAUUUCCCUGCUGUGAGUGACUGUACUAUAAAUUUUCUGUGCACCUUCCAAUUUGUCAGGAUGGAAAUCACUCAAACAAUUAAGAAUCCAUCAGAGGAGAAAAUAGAAAGACUUGGUGAAGAAGGUUUCUAUUAUUGGGGGAUACCAACUCGACUCAUACAUAUAAACCAUAUUUAACAGCAUUAAUUUAGAUCAUAAAUUUUGACUAAAGUCCCACAUUUCAAGAACUUUGAAGAUCUCACUUGGCAUUCAUCCUUGAAACAAGAGUGGUAUUCAUCCCUUUUUUGUUAACUAUAAAAUUUUCAUCUUGUAGAAUUUGUAUCAAAGUUGAUAUUUUUCUUUUUUUAAAAUAUUUUUCCCUACCAAGCUAUAAGUGUGUGGUAAGUGGGAUGAAAACGUUUCUGCUGUUUUCACAAACACUGUUUUGACCUGAGGCUGGACCUUGGGAGUGGCCAAAACAUUUUUUAAUAGUAAUACUUCUAUUCACUAAUGGAUUAAAUUGAAUAAAAUAAUAAUCAGCAGCAAUUUUAUGGUAUUUGUAUAUCUCAUACACCCUACAGAAUAGUAAUUUCAGUAAUGUAUGUUAAAUGGAUAAUUUUUAAUUUGAUUAAUAAAAGGUGCAUGAUAAUUUGUAUUGUAAAUGUCCAGAUUGCAUUCAAGUUUGUUUUGUAAUGUAAUUAGUGGGUAAUGAGCCUGGGAUACAAGAUUUGGGUGUCAAGUGCAAUACUCUCCAUGCCUCAUCUGCUUUAAUGUAGAAGUUGAAGUUUGUUUUGCAGAGUGUUCAACAGUUAUUGCUCCCAAAACUUAUCACACACAAUCUAAAAAUAAAAAGAGACGAAUUUUAGCUUCAUCUAUU